CUGGUGUCGCAGAAGAAGCCAACGUCAUCGGCGGCGGGUCACUGCGCAUCCAAUUUAAGAAUGCCACUCUCGCAAUUUGUCACCACUUCCUCCUCCUCUCCAUCAGUAUAAAUAUUGCGUUCAUCUUCGAUCGCCCCCGUCUGCUCUCAGCACUCACGGAUUGCCAAUUUCACCUUGCUACGGAUCCACACUCGUUCUGUUCCUUGAAGACUGGCUUCCUGUCAGCCUGCUGAUGUAUACCCGAUAUCUGCCUAGUUCGCAUCGUUUCUGCCACUUGUCGACAUCAAUCUAAUAGCCAGAAGGGCUGGGCAAUACGCGGAUUGGACACCUUUAUUCUCUGUCUUCCCCUUUCUGCAACUCGAGUCUACAUGCGUAUAGACUGAGCUCAAAACAAUACGGGAAAUGGCUUCAGUCUCGUCGUUGGAUAAGGACUUGCGCAAUCUGCGCCUGUCUAAAUAUACCCCGGAUGCUGCGGCUGAAGUCAGGAAUUGGAUUGAAGAAACGCUUCGUGAGAGGCUGCCUCCCGGCGAUCUGAUUGAUGCUUUGAAGGAUGGAGUUGCCUUGUGCAAACUAGUGAACCUUGCUGUUUCACCUGGAGUCAAGUAUAAACAAUCGUCAAUGCCAUUUGUGCAAAUGGAGAACAUAUCCAACUUCCUUCGAGCCUGUCAAAUCCCUCCGCUCAGCCUUCCGCCUCACGACGUUUUCCUUACGGUCGAUCUCUACGAAUCCAAAGAUCCCCUGCAGGUGUUGCAAUGUAUUGCGGCAUUUAGCAGAAGGGCAAAUGCCCUUAAACCUAGCAGGUUCCCUCGCACAAUUGGCGUAAAAAGCAAGGGCGGUUUCAUAGGCACCGAUAUUACGGGCUCUAGCGCAACUUCAACAUUAUCUGGUUCUUCUGCUACCAAGAAAUCCCCAAAGGCUCCCGUUAGUACUUGGAGUAAGCCGUCGGAUGAGUAUACGACGAUGCCCGCCUGGAAUAUCCACCAAUAUGGCUACAUGGGCGGCGCAACUCAAGGGAAUCAAGGUGUCACUUUUGGGGCCCGUCGACAGAUCACCUCUGCUGCGCCGAGAGUUCCCAGUUUGGCAGAAAAAGAGAACCGCAGGCGGGAAGAAGAAGCAAGGCGACGCUUGGAAGCUGAAGAGGCUGAACAGGCACGGCAGAGAGAACGGGAGGAGGAAGAGAAACAUGCCAAAGCGGAGGAGGAGCGCCUAUGGGCCGAACAGACAGCUCAUUUAAGGGAAAAAGAGCGCCGUGAGAUGGAGGAAGAAAGCAAGCGAUGGGCCGAGGAACAACGCAGGUGGGAGGAAGACGAGCAGCGUCGAGUUGCCGAAGAAAAAGCAGUUGAGGAAAGGCUGGAAAAUGAAAGGAAACAAAGCCGAGGCAUUAGUGAUGCUCGCCUCAAUGGCCAGUUCCUCAGUCAAUAUCGCGCCAGCCAAACGACGUCUCCGAGCAUAUCGCUGGCCGAGUCCAAGGAGAAACAGCGCAUCAAGGAACUUGAGCGCGAGCUCGAACUUGCAAAGGAGCGAGAACGUGAGUUCGAGCUCCAGCGACAGGGACUCCAUGAGAAAGAGAACCGCAGCCCCAGUCGUCCGCGACCAGUACCUGCUAAACCAAGCUAUGACCUAUCCUCCCUUGAGGAAGAACGGCGACUUCUUCGGGGGGAAUGGCAGAAGCACCAGGACGCGAACGUUGCCUCUGAGCCAGCUGCUCCGCCUAAACCACCUCGUCCUCUCCCCGACCCGACUGAAGUUCCCCCUCCUAAGCCGCCCCGACCACUACCGGAGCCUACGUCGCCGCGGCCGCUCCCAGACCCAGCAGAAUACGCCAGUAGAGGCCGAGAGAACCGCGUGGACCGCUUCCUCUCAUCAAACCCUGCCCCGGCGCCAGCGAAACCGGCCACCCACCGUCCACAGGAUUACUCGACGACAGCCGAAGUCGACAGGGAGAAUGAACGCCGAAUAGCAUCUCAACAGAAGACCCGUGCAGGAGGAUGGGCAUCUAAAUCCCUUCUUGAGCGCGAAAUGGAACGCGAACGUGAACGCCAGCGCGAAUGGGAGGAGAACCAAAAACAGGUCAAGGCGGCCGCGGCAAAAGGUCUCAAGGAUCCCAUAGGCACAGGUCCUGGCGGAGGAGCCUGGGAUGUCCACCAAUAUGGCUAUCUUGGCGGCGACAAUCAGAAUCGAGGUGGUCCUGGACUGGGAUUUGGAGUGAAGCGCCAGAUUAUUGGGCCUAAGCCUCCACUCUAGGGAUGGGCUCUUCCAAGUUCAGUCGAUAUCACAGCAUGUGAUCCUUGUUGCUUAUUUUCUGUAGCCAUAGCUGUUUAUUCGCCUUCACUUUGUCUUUCUUGCCUUUUUGACUUUCUAUGAUGAUUCCCCCGUUUCCCCCCUUAUGUGUUGACGUCAUCUUUUAUUUCUUGCUGUUCUUUGUAUCGUCUUGUCAGUCUUCUCGUUUAUUCCAUUCUCCAUAAAUGGCAAGGUGGUAGGUAGAUAUUUUAGAUACUGACGUACGUACGAGAAUGCAUGUCUAGCCAUAUGAAGAGAGUCAUAGACAAAGAAACUGAAUGGAUAUAUCUGGUAUCUUUUCAACAGCGAG